AUGGAUCACAAUACGGGGAGAAAUACGGAAGAAAACAUACAAAUGCUGCAGAGCCACGAGCCAUCGAAAAAACAGCAACGGAUUGUUUUCACCGCGAAAGCCAGCAAUCAGACUGUCAGCGCGAAAACUAAGAAAUUCUUACGCAACAAGCUACGCAUACUGAACUGGAUAGGUCGCUAUAAUCUGGAAUGGGGUAUUAACGAUGCUAUCGCGGGCAUAACUCUAGGACUUACCAUAAUUCCCGAGAGUAUUGCUUGUGCUCUUUUGGCCGGCUUGCCGGCUCGAUAUGGCUUGUGCUCCGCGUUCGUGGGCCCACUGAUUUACUUAAUCUUCGGAUCAGUGGACAAUGUUAUAAUUGGGCCCACUAGCCUCGUGGCCCUGGUCAGUGUGCAGUUUACGGUGGGCAAGCCCAUCGAGUUUGCCUUUAUGCUUACCUUCCUCAGUGGUGUGGUGCAGUUAAUUAUGUCGGCACUUCGAAUGGGUUUCAUGUUCGAGUUCAUCUCUAUGCCCGUUAUAAAGGCCUUUUCGACGGCAACGGCAAUCCUGGUUAUAGAGUCACAAAUUAAAGUACUUCUGGGAAUUAAGUACCUGGUGGCAGGAUUUGUGGAGUCUGUGAAGACACUAUUUUUGAGGCAUGCCGAAGCCAACUCCGGCGACUUUGUCAUGGGCAUUUGCGCCAUCGCCUUUCUCAUCCUCUUUGAGCUAUUGGAAAAAAUGGUGACCAAAAGGAAAAUCAAUAGGAUGUGGAAGAUCACGUGUCGAUAUCUGUCCCUCUCGCGUACAACGCUCAUAGUUGUGAUCACAGCUAUUGUGUCCUAUGUAUGGCUCCAGUGCGAACCGCAGGUUCCAUAUGCGCUCAGCAAGAACGCCUUGUCCGGCCUGCCAAACAUAACACUGCCUGCAUUUACCAUUGAGACUCCAGAGAAGACAUACUCCCUAUGGGAUAUGAUAGCAGAGAUGAAUGUGGGCAUCAUCGUCAUUCCCAUUGUAGGCACAUUGACAAACAUCUCCAUAGGAAAGUUGACUCCCAAGGGCAUGGUUGAUACGAACCAUGAGCUUAUGACGUUGGGUUUGUGUAAUGUCUUCGGUUCCUGCUUUCAAUCCAUGCCAACGUCCGGAGCGUUUACUCGGUAUGCCAUUAGUACAGCGUGCGGCUUGAAGAGUCCCAUGGCCAAUCUGUAUUCCGGCAUCAUUGUUUUGUUGGCUCUAAUCUUCCUUAGUCCAUACUUCAAUUACAUACCCGAAGCUACACUGGCAGCCAUUUUGAUUUGUUCCCUAUUCACGUUGCUCGAUUUCAAACUUCCUCUGCGAUUGUGGCGAGAAUCUAAACGUGACUUUGGCGUGUGGCUGGUGUGUUUCUUUGUAUCUGUGCUGUGUGGCGUGGAGGUCGGGCUUUUUGUCAGCCUCAUCAUUAAUGUGGCCCAUUUGCUUUUCUUGUGGGCUCGGCCCGAAAUAUCUGUCAGAAUCCAAGAGGUGGACGACAUGCAAUACAUAUGUGUGACACCCGGCAAUGGUAUAUAUUUCCCAGCCAUUAAUCACCUUCGCGCUAAAGUUCUGAAAGCAGCCAUGCAGGCCGAAUUUCGAAUACCCGUUGUAAUUGAUUGUCAUAAAGUCACCGGGCUAGACUUUACAGCUGCGCAGGGUUUUGUAAAACUGGCCAGCGGCCUUAGGGGUGAGGACGACGAGCAGAGUGUAGGUCGGAGCACUGAAGCUUUACUUGUGCUUUAUCGAAUGGAUGUGGCCCUGCAGAAGCUGAUUGACAACGUUGAUAAUCUAGUGUUUUGUGACAGCCCUGAAAGAAUUCGUGAAUUCCUGACUCAGGAGUCGUUACGAAAUGGGUUCAUAAAUCUCAAGGAACACAUACGGGCAUCCAUUGAUCUCGGCUAUAAAAUCGACAUCGAACGCGAAUCAUAACUACACACAACAUCUAUAAAUAAAA